ACCUUUGAGCCCUUCUUCACCCACAAUGGCCACCCCACCUUAACUAUUAUAAAACCUCAAACUAACUCACCCAAUUUACCACCUACUUGCAACCAAACAACCACUAACCCACUUCCGGCAAAAAAAUACAAGAAAAAUACAAAUGACAAAGAUGCUACAAAAAGGAAUUAUUCAUCUGCAACUUUCCCCACUACUACUUCUUCACUACAAUUACAAAAAAACUUUCCCAUACUGAUCACCAAAACAAAUAAUGGACCUGAUCUGACUCAAAUUAAUACAACAACAGAUCUACAAACCCAGGACUACUUGGGUCUACUUGUAACCCCACAAACUGAUGAUAUAAUAAUGACUAAAGUUAACCUACUUACUAUAGAUAAUGUUGCCCAACUACCCAAUCAUAAUCAAUCUAUGGAUACACAAUCUAAUGUUACAGUCAAAUCUUUACUUCCUAAAUCCUAUGCACGGGUCUAG